AUGCUUCCACCUCCAAUUGACCAAUUUUCAAGUUAUGAUGAACUCCUUGCUCAUGUUCGAGCCUUUGUUUUAACUCAAGGAUAUGCUGUAACCAUAAAAAGAACUCAAACUGAUGUAAAUGGCAAAGUCAAGAAUGUGACAUUGCGUUGUGACAGAGGUGGCUCUUAUAGAAAUAGUUUGAACCUGACAGAUGAUUUACGUCAUAGGCAGACAGCAUCAAGAUUUUUGGAUUGUCCAUUUGAGCUCCAUGGGACCAGACGCAAUGGUGUUUGGUUUCUUGAGGUUCGCAAUUCUGAGCAUAAUCACGAAGCAUCAGAGGAUAUGUCUGGUCAUCCAAUCACUCGCAGGUUGAACACUGAGCAACGAGAGCUAGUUCAGCAAAUGUCUGCCGCUGGAUCCCAUCCUCGUGAAAUUUUGUCAACCAUUCAUCAGAGUGAUCUUUCUUCUAUGGCCACAUCUAGAACAAUCUACAAUACUUUGCAUUCCAUUCGUGAAGAAAGACUUGAUGGUCGUACACCAAUUCAAGCUCUUUUUGACAAAUUACAAGAAUCUGACUUCGAAUUUGAUUAUCAACGUGACCAUCAAAAUCACAUCACACACCUUUUUUUUGCACACAGGAUAUCCAUUGCCUUGACUCGUACCUAUCCUGUUGUAUUACUUUUGGAUUGUACAUACAAAACAAACAGAUAUCAUGAAAAAGAAGCAGAUUAUGAAUGGGCCUUGACUUGCAUUUCAAAGAUCUUUAAUGGAAUGUCUCAUCCUAAAGUCAUUGUCACUGAUCGAGAAUUAGCACUGAUGAAUGCCAUUGGUAGAAUCUUUCCUGGUGCUCAUCAUCUUCUAUGUAUUUGGCACAUAAACAAGAACAUUUUAGCUAAAUGUAAACAUCACUUUGCUACAAAAGAAGAUUGGACCGAGUUCAUUGAAUUGUGGAAGGCAGUUACAGCAUCUAUCACUGAACAAGACUUCACAACCAAAUGGAAGGAAUUUUUAGAAUGCUAUGCGACAACUUCACGAGUAGAAGGUGCACAUGCUACUCUUAAAAAGUAUUUGCAGUCAUCCAGAGGUGAUCUUGAGUCAGUACAUCGUAAGAUCAUAUUGCAAGUAGAGUCUCAAGCAAAGGAAAUCCGUGCAAUGAUCUCUUCUGAACGUCUAAAAAUCCAUGACGAGUGGAUCAAGGCAUCAAAUGCAACACUAGAUUCUCCCUUGAAUCCUUGCUCAGGGAUCCUUAGCUCCACGAUGGGUCUUCCAUGUUCACAUCUCAUCAGUGAACGUAUAGCAAAUGGCCAAACAUUGCAGCAAACUGAUAUCCAUGAACACUGGUGGAUCAAAGGUCGCCAUUUUGAAUUCUUAGGUGAUCUUACACGUCCUGCCAAUGGUGACCACGCUAAUCUUCAGCUUCUUUUACAAUCUUUUGCACAACAAUACCAAUUCUGGCCACCACACCAACAAGCUGCUGCUCGUACCCAGUUGGAAGAAUUGUCUUCUGCUCCUCCUGAUGUACUUGGAAACCCUGAAGUUAGUAGGCCACGAGGAAGACCAGUUGGAGCAAGAAACCAAAGCGAAGGAUCAAUGCAGAGAGAUCCAUCUGCAUUUGAGCUUGUUGAAAGAAGGCCAAGGCAAUGUGGUAUAUGUUGUCAAACUGGUCAUAAUAGCCGAACAUGUCCUACUGUGUAA